AUGCUUGCCCCAGGCAGCCAGUCCUCUCCCUUCCCGACACUAAUCACCGUACACGAUGCUGUCACCGAUUCACCAAUCUAUCGCACCAAUGUCGUCCACUGGGACGAGCAACUCGACUUGUUUGAGAAAUGGCUCUCGGCAUUGUCAACGCAUAUGAAACAUUAUAUCGAAAAGCUCAACAGGUUCAACGCGGACACCUUGGUCAUCUGUGACAAGGCUCGACCUCCUCCUAAUUUGGAUGGUGGGCUUAUUGCUUUGCCAUUGACUGGGACAGCGUUCAAUCGAUUGACGAUGACAUUACAAUCCACUAUUGCCUGUCAGACUAAAUUGGCGCUUGAAUUGCAAAACAACUUUGUGGAACCAUUACAUCAACACGCAAAGAAUUAUCUCAAGGAUUUCAAGGAAUUUCGAAAGCAGCAUGAUCGUGCCUUGGAUCGUUACGAGACUCAGCUCCAAAAGUAUGCAGCUCUUAGCAAGAACAAGGAUCCCACUGUCAUGAGAGAUGAAGCCAUUCGUUUACAUGAAGCACGCAAGGUUUAUGUCCACUUGUCUGGUCAACACAUGAUGCGUGUUGUCAAUUUUCGUGGUCUCCUUGCGAAUUUAUUGGUGGAACGAUUCUCGAGCAACAUGAAGACCAAGGAAGCAUUCGAUGAAUUAUCACAUGUUUGGAAGGAUCUCAAUUCUUCAAUUGGGCGAUGGAAGCAAUGGCUGGUGGAUGAUCAACAAACUUGCAUAUAUGAAUUACGCAAGCUGCAGCAAGUACGGGAGCGAGUGGAAAGUGAAUAUCUACAACUUAUGCAACCGCGUAAGGAAUUGAGCGCGUACAUGGGAUCACCUCUUCCUAUCAAUGGGUCCAAAUCCGCCACCAAACCAAAGACGCAGCCAUUUUCAAAAUGGGGAUACCUGUUUUCUCGUAUUUCUCGGCAUACUUGGACACGGCGAUGGUGUUUUAUUUACAAUGAGCAUUUUGGAUGGUGCACCGUGAGCAACAAACCAAGUCGUGCGAUGGUCACAGUCGAGGAAAAGAUAUCGCUUGCUUCUUGUGAUGUCAAAUUGGUCACGGAUACGGAUCGACGCUAUUGCUUUGAAGUUGUGGUGCGACCCUCACAAACAAGCUAUAUACUUCAAGCUGAAACGGACGAUGAAUUGCGCGAUUGGAUAAGCUGUUUUCAAGGCGCCACGUUAUUAUACAAAUCCAGAAAGCCAUCCUCUGCAGGCCAUCGAGAAAGCAUGGACAACCAAUCCCUUGUCGAUUCAUUUCCUUCGAGCAGCCCAUCACCUUCGAGUUCAUUCACAGCUGGAUCACCUACACGUGUAUCGCCCAAAUCUCGCUCUACCACCAUGAUCACAGCACCCAAAGACAUUUCAGUCACUUUGAGUGGUACAGCACCCUUAUGCCAUUUAUCAAGAAUUGCCCACCCCGAUGACAUUAGUGGAUUGACAUCAAAGGCAAUGGAUGAAUCUCAAUGGUCGAUUGAUACAGCAUCCGCCAUGGUCAUGUACAACUCAAACUCGCUUUCCAACUAUGAUGGCAUGUCCUUGAUCACGUGUUUGUCGUUAAGCCCGGUAUUGGUAUGGGAAGCAGCAUCCUUGCGAGGCAUUUCGGGUACCUAUGUACCAAGUACAUUAUGGGGUGUACCAUGGCCAAUUCUUGGAACCACGUUGCUUGGAGAACGUAGUGCAUCCUUGCCUUCGGUUAUUGCAGUUGACAAGACAACAGUGUCAUGGCCCUUGUCACGUGAUAGUAGCUUGGAUAUGGCCGUCAAUCUCGACAAUUACGAUUAUCCUACCGAGAACAUCUUGCUACGACAACUCUUUGGUGGUUUAUCACACGAUGAAGUGGUCCUUGAUGUAUUCAUUGGUCUCUUGAGAAGGCACAACAAGAACAUUGUCGAUACGCUCAACAGCUUUGAUAGCGUGUCUUUGGAUUCAUUUGAUCAAGAGCUCAAUUCUCAGCUGGCUCAUCUCACAAUGGCACCUCCUUCCGAGUAUGGUUAUGGUUAUGCCGGCAAAGCUUUUAUCACACAGCACAAUCUUUGGUUCUACAGCUUUUCGAUGCUUGCCUUUGUGAAUACGGCUGUGAUUCGACUCAAAUCUAUCAAGGAUAUCCGCGUUGUCAAGGAUGGUGCUUCUAUCAGCAAUCGGGAUCAUGCAUUGAUCGUGGAUGUCUUGACUGAGAAUAACGAAUUGACGCCUGUUGCAUUGAGCAUACCGGAAGAAGAUAUCAAUACAGUUGCCGAGCGAUUACGGUUGGCAGUGGAUAAUGCCAAAAGCGAGAAUCCCAUAUCGCUUGCCGAGUUGUAUGCAAAGAUCACAAGGAUAUCUCAGCGACACCGUCAUCGAUCAUCCUCUUUACUUUCAGCCGAUUCUCUUGGAUCACCUGGUGAGACGAGGAGGAAAAAGAAACGACUUUCAUUCCGAGCAUUGGGUGCAUCACGCCCUUCAAUUACUUCGAGACGACCUGUGGAAGUGAUUACCAAUACGGAUGAAAAGUUGACCCUUAAUAUCGCACCUCCAGCACAAGAGCAUACAGAAAAACCCGAGAUUGUUGUGGAUGAUUCAGCUGUCAUCGUAUCAUCUCCCGCUCAAGUGGCCUCUGGCAAUGGCACAUCCGAACAAAACAAGCUUGCUGUUCCUGUUGAACCUGAAUCAGAAUCGGAACCUGAGCCUGAACCUGUUGAUCCUGAUGAACUUCCUUCUCAUAUUACGGCUCCUGAUGGUCCAAAGGAUUGUGCAUGUGACCAACAUUUGGACAAGGUGGAAAUUGAACACGAGUUUCCCAUCUCUGCCAAAAGACUCUAUGGGCUCAUGUUCAGUGAUGAAUGCAACGUUACGCCUAAAACGAAUGGUGGUGUUUGGGAAGGCAAGACUUCAGGCACUGAGGGUCAUGAUUUGAGGGUCACUCCAUGGGAGAAAGAAAAUGAUGAAACCAAACGCACGCUCAAGUACAUUAUGCCUGUAUCUAAUCCUAUUGUGCGUAUGAAAGAGGCCGAGGUGGUGGAAACGCAAGUGCUAUUGAAAAAGGAAGACUACCUGUGCUAUGUUGUGCAGAUCUCUACCAAGACAGCGGCUCUGCCAUAUGCUGAUGCGUUUAUCCCAUCGGUGAGAUAUUGUAUCACGUGGAUCGACAAGUCGCGUUGCAAGCUCACGUGUUCUCUUGGCGUUGCUUGGGUCAAGAGUGUCUUUGUCAGAGGUAUUGUGACGAGAGCAGCUAUGAAGGCUAUGGGGGAGAAUAUGAAUGUCUUCCUGCCGGUUAUUCAAGAGGCGGCCGAUAAGAUUGCAGCUGAUGUUGAAGCACAACGGCAAACGGCGUCUACUCCAAAGAAAAAGAAGUCGAAAAAGAGGCAAUCGCAAGGCGCUCGUCAACCUGCUGAUGAAUCCAAUGAGAAUAUCGCUGAUGAGAGCUCUGUUGACACAUCCAGCGUUGAGGAAAGGAAACAACCUACACCACAUGCGGCAGAGUCCAUACGACGACCCAUGACACAAUCAAGCCCACCAACACAAAUACAGGGAUCAAAGACGCCAACUACUCCACAACCCACCAAGCAACCACAAUCAUCAUCCUCUGAAAAAUCUCGCAAUCAGCUACCACCUGCUAUUCUUACGAAUGCUAUCCAAUUACCCAGAUCACCCCAACGAGUGAAGAAGCAUAAGGAAAUUGCCCAUCAGCAGCAAAAAGAGCAGCAGCAAAAGAAAGAGCAGCAACAACGACAACAGUCUAAGCAGACAUCAAAGCAACGCUAUGCUACGAAAUAUGUACGACGUAUUGUGCCUUAUCGUGUGGCCAUUUUAUUAUUGGGCUUGAUUCUUUCCAUCACAUGUAUUUGGCAAGUUUGGAGGUUUAUUUAUCGAAGCAAUGCCAUUGCAGCAGCUUACGAGGGUGGUGGCGGUGUGUUGACAGCAGCUACAAGCGAAUCAUCAUCCACGCGGGAAGUUAAGAUGAUGUAUCUUCGUGAUAUCGAGCAUGGAGUUAUCAGCAACAGCUUGCAUCCAAUGUAUGCAGAUUCAGAAAGCUUCAGGAUGUUUACGGCGGUGAACAACAAGAAUAGUGAUGAUGGCAGUAGUAGGAACACCGACAUCACUUACAAAUGGUCGAGCCCACGAUACCUGCAAGCAGCCAUUGAUCUUGAUUUGAGUCGUGAUCGUUUAGCCUCUCUACGCCAUGAUUUGCUCAUGAUAUUCAAAACGCUUAACAAGAUGGACCUUGAUCUCCGUGAGAGCGAGUACGUGAAUUGGCUGCUGGAUAGCCGUGUGCACUGUCAUCGAUCCAUAGAGGCAAGAGACCAUCCUUUGCCAGAUUGCCAUGAAGUCAUUUAUCAAUUAGACACCCUCUUUUACAAAAAGCACAAGGACUCUAUGUUUUAG